AUGAAUAUAUAAAACUUCAAAAGAAAAGAAUGCAUUGCUAGCUAAAAAAGAGAAUUAGAAGAGGAAAACAUAUCUAAUAAGAAGAAAAAAAAAGAUUAAAGCUUCUUAAGCAAAAUUAAUGCAGUUACACAUCAAGAGGAAUUUCAUUCAGAAAGCAGUACUAUGGAUGUUUAUCCUUUUUAACAAUUGAAAUAAGAAAAAUUAUAAAGUAUGGAUAAGCUUGAAAGUUUAAAUGAAAGCGGAACAUCUAGUCCUUGUUUAAGUAAUAAAAAGAUAGAUUAAUCCCCUUAACAAUGUGAAAAUGAUACUUAAAAUACUUAAAGCAAAAAUAAUAACUAAAAUAAAGACCAAAAUAUAGAAGAAGAGGACUUAGAUUAUUAAAGGAUCAAUAAGCCUUAAGAAAUAUUUGAUUGUAAAUACAAACCCAGCCUAAUUAACUUUAGAGAUAAAGAAAAAAAUGAAAUAAAGAACUUUCUUUAAAGAUGCAUUGAUAAUAAGUAAAAAACUAAGUGUCUCCUUAUAACUGGAAUGCCUGGGUGUGGUAAAACUUUGACUACUACUUCAUUAUUAGAAGAAUUAUCUGUCAAGUAAAAAAAAUUUGAGUACAUAAAAUUUAAUGCUAUGAGCUAUAAUAAUCAAGAAAGUUUUCUAAGAGAUCUUCACUUUAAAAUAUUUAAAAGCAGAAUGCAAAGUUCUUGUUAAGAUCUUCUAACUUAGAUUAAACAAUCUAAAAGAUCUUCGCACCUGACAAUAUUUAUAGACGAAUUUGAUAAUUUAUUUCAUGGAAGUAGCCAAGAUAUUUUUAUCCUCUUCAAUAUUGCAAGUUUAGAAAAAGCAAAUAUCUCUAUAAUAGGAGUUUCAAACUCAAUGGAAAUGGUCUUUGACUUAUCUAAAAAAUAUAAAAUUAUUCUACCUGACAUCAAAAAUCUUGUUUUUGAGCCUUAUUCUUAAAAAGAAAUUUAUUAAAUUAUUCAAUCAAGAUUGAAAGAAAUGAGUGAAAAAUUAAAUGUUCCUCAGGAUAUAAUAGAUGAUAAAGCUUUGCGCUUGUGCUCUGGAAAAAUGUAUAACUUAAAAGGAGGAGAUAUCAGAUGCUUAUUUGAUGUCUGUAAAAAGGCACUUGAGGAAUCAAAGAAAGGAAGAUAACAAGAAGAUAACAAAGAUACUGAUGAAUAAAAUAAUGACAAUUUAAAUGAAUUAUAAAAAAUUACUAUCCCUUAAUUGAAUCAAAUUAUUGAUAAACUUUACAAAGUAAGCUAUAAGUUUAUUGCUAAGAUGCCAAUUGAAUAGAUAUUGACCAUUCUAUCCAUUUAUUCUAUUAUUAAGUAAAAAGAAGGAAUAGUUGAAAUUUCUGUAAUUUAAGUUAAAAACCAAUUAAACAACAUAUGUAAUUCUAUGGGAAUACAAGUUUCUGAAAUAAGCAAACUUAAGGAGAUUUUAGAAAAUUUAUAAUCUUAUUAAAUUCUAUAAAUAAGAAAUAAGGAAAACUCUGCAUAAAAUGCUAAUAAAAGAGGAUAGAACAAUAAAAAUAUUGAAAAUAUGACAAUUUUUCUAAAGAUCACAACUGAGGAUGUAGAAGAUGCAUUAAGUGAGGAAAGUAAAUUUUCUGAUUUCUUCGAGUAGUAUAUUAAAUGA